GGAGGCAAACGGCGAGUUGCAGUCGCACAACUCGACCGCGUUGCUGACCGGGCCGCGCUUGUUGAACCCCACGUCCGGCUUCAACCGGCAGUGGUCGCUCAACCAGCUGAUCGCCGAGUUCAACGAACUGUGCCAGUGGCUCACACACGUGCAGGAGGAGAUAUAUUCUAGUCCCGAGAAUUUGUCCAGUAGGAAAUUGAGGAUGAAUCGCAUGUCCGAGUUGGUGUCAGUGGAGCCGCGUCGCAUCAAGUUCGUCGAGCAGGCGAGCGCUAUACUUGAACGGAUCCCUGAAGCGAGUGGAGAAGUAACAUGGCGAAUAGAACACUUGAAGAUAAAGUGGGAAGCCCUUCGCCUGCUUCUCAGUCCUGAACAGCAGAACCGUGAUGAAGAUAAUCCUGAUGCAGUUGACACAGCGCACGAGCUUCGCUGCCUGCGUCGCUGGCUGCACUGCAUGGAGGGCCGCCUGCCGCCGCCGUCGCUCGCCGCCGCCAAGUCCGCCACCUACCACGAGCUGCUCAGGAAGCUGAGGGAGCAUCAGGUCAGUUUACAUUUACAACUUUAUGCCUUUGUGAUAAGAGUGUUUAAUAUAUGGUAAUACGAGUGGCUACAA